GCUUGACAACUGGACCAGACUUUUGAGCAAGAAUGUUAGGAGAAGAAAAGCAUAUUACAGCCAUUGAAAUGAAAACCCAACAAGAAGAAGAAGAAGUUACAGAACCCUUCGACCGGACAAAUCUCCCACUGUGGAGUCCUAGAAUUCACUUCUCAGGAGGGUUUUGUCUUGAUGCCUGAUUGGAUGAUGCGGAACAUGAAACUCCUCGAAGGAGAGACUGUGGUGGUCAAGAAUGUUAGCGUCAGGAAAGGAACAUACAUGAAGUUACAACCACAUAGUACUGAUUUCAUUAACCUCACAAACCCUAAAUCUGUGUUGGAGACGACAUUAAGGAGCUUCUCUUGUUUGACUACUGGUGAUACAGUCAUGAUUCUGUAUAAUAAUCAUAAGUAUCAGAUUGAUGUGGUUGAAACUAAGCCGUCGAGCGCGAUUUGUGUGAUUGAGACUGAUUGUGAGGUUGAUUUUGCUCCUCCCUUGGAUUACAAGGAACCCGAAAAGCCGGUGAAAAGAGAAGAUGAUGAUGAGGAGGAGGAUGUGAAGAAGAAGAAGGGAUUAGAGGAGAAUAAGUUCAAAGCAUUCACUGGCAUAGCAAGGCGUUUGGAUGGUUCUUGUUCAAUCAUCAAGAAUGAGAGUGAUGACCAGAUUGUUGAAGCAAAUAAUGUGAUGAAUAAAAGUAGCACUGAUCAAUCCAAUCUGAAGGUACCUAUGUCGAGGAAACUUGUGUUCAAUUCCAAUGUUGUUGCAGGGAAGGAAGAAGCAAAAUCGGCUAACAAUGGAGAAGAAAAGUUCCAAGCCUUUACAGGAAGAAGCUACAAACUUAACUGAUCAUGUUUGAUUUCUUGUCUAGUCACAUUAUUUCUUCUAUGCAUUAUCUUCUUGAUUAACAACAAUAUCAUGUAUUUGACCUCAUGUUAAUAAUGAAUCGAUUUAAGCUAA